GCGGCGGUGGUACGGCGGCGGCGGUUCACGGAGCUGGAGCCGAGACAGCCUCCUGCGCGUCCGGGACCCGCCGACAGCCGGAGAGACCGACCGAAGGACGCGGGGUCGGGUCGCCGCCACCGCCGCCUCAGGCGCUCCCGCCCGACCGCGUCCUGCCACCUGGUCUUCCCUCGGCCGCGGCCACCUCAGACUCCACGAAAUGAAACGGGGACGCUUAUGGCUGCAUCUCAUGCUGCUUGGGGCCUCCCUGCCAGCUGCGCUGGGAUGGAUGGACCCAGGACCCAGCAGAGGCCUGAACAUGGGUGUGGGUAACCCACAGAUGGAGGAGUCCAGAAGCUUUGAAGUCGCAAGAAGAGAAGCAGGACUUUCUGAUGGGCUGCGAGCCUCCUGUGGGAAGAAGUUCUGCAGCCGCGGGAGCAAGUGCAUGCUCAGCAGAGAGACCGGGGAGCCCGAAUGCCGGUGCCUGGAGGCAUGCAGGCCCAGCUACAUGCCCGUGUGUGGCUCCGAUGGGAGGUUUUAUGAGAAUCACUGUGAACUCCACCGAGCCGCCUGCCUGCUAGAGAGGAAUAUUGUCAUUGUCCACAGCAAGGACUGUUUCCUUAAAGAUGACCCGUGCACCAUGGCCAACUAUGGCCGCUUGAAGAAUGUCCUUCUGGCGCUCCAGGCCCACCGGCAGCCACUCCCGGACAGGGACAGCAGACAGGACCCCGCCUCCCAGAAGCGCCUGCUGGUGGAAUCUCUGUUCACGGACUUGGAUGCCGACGGGGACGGCCGUCUCAGCAGCUCUGAGCUGGCGCAGCACGUGCUGAAGGAGCAGGAUCUGGCAGACGACUUCCUGGGGUGCUCACCCGGCGACCUCCUCCGAUUUGAUGACUACAACAGUGAUGGCUCCCUGACCCUCCGCGAGCUCUACACAGCCUUCCAGGUGGUUCAGCUCAGCCUCGCGCCCGAGGAGAGGGUCAGCGUGGCCACAGUGACUGUGGGGCUGAGUACCGUGCUGACCUGCGCUAUCCGUGGAGAGCUGCGGCCCCCCAUCGUCUGGAAGCGCAACGGGCUUGCCCUCAACUUCAUGACCUUGGAAGACAUCAAUGACUUCGGAGAGGACAACUCCCUCUACAUCACCAAGGUGACCACCGUCCACAUGGGCAACUACACGUGCCAUGCCUCCGGCCACGAGGAGCUCUUCCAGACCCACGUCCUGCAGGUGAAUGUGCCACCAGUCAUCCGCGUGUAUCCAGAGACCCAGGCACAGGAGCCUGGGGUGGCAGCCAGUCUGAGAUGCCACGCAGAGGGCAUUCCUAUGCCUAGAAUCACUUGGCUGAAAAAUGGCAUGGAUGUCUCAACCCAGAUGUCGAAACAGCUUUCCCUACUAGCCAAUGGGAGUGAACUGCACAUCGCCAGUGUUCGGUAUGAAGACACAGGGGCGUAUACCUGCAUCGCCAGAAAUGAAGUGGGCGUGGACGAGGAUAUCUCCUCACUUUUCAUUGAAGACUCAGCUAGAAAGACCCUUGCAAACAUUCUGUGGCGAGAAGAAGGCCUCAGUGUGGGGAACAUGUUCUACGUCUUCUCUGACGAUGGCAUCAUCAUCCUGCACCCCGUGGACUGUGAGAUCCAGAGGCACCUCCGACCCACCGAGAAGAUAUUCAUGAGCUUUGAAGAAAUCUGUCCCCAAGGGGAAGGAAAUGCCACCCAGCCAUGCCAGUGGGCCUCGGCCGUGAACGUCCGGCACCGGUACAUCUACGUGGCCCAGCCAGCACUGAACAGAGUCCUUGUGGUCGACGUGCAAGCCCAGAAAGUCCUACAGUCCAUAGGUGUGGACCCUCUGCCAUCUAAGCUGACCUAUGACAAGUCUCAUGACCAAGUGUGGGUCCUGAGCUGGGGGGAUGUGCACAAGUCCCAACCGAGCCUCCAGGUGAUCACAGAAGCCAGCACUGCCCAGGGCCAGCAUCUUAUCCACACACCGUUCUCAGGAGUGGACGAUUUCUUCAUUCCCCCGACAAACCUCAUCAUCAACCACGUCAGGUUCGGCUUCAUCUUCAACAAGUCCGACGCGGCCAUCCACAAAGUGGAUCUGGAAACACUGGUGCUGCUCAAAACCGUCAGCCUGCAGCGGCACGGCUGCACGCCCCAGGCCAUGGCCCACACGCACCUGGGCGGCUACUUCUUUGUGCAGUGCCGACAGGACAGCCCCGCGCCCGCCGCCCCCCAGCUGCUGCUCGACAGCGUCACAGACUCGGUGGUCGGCCCCAAUGGUGACGUGAGUGGCACGCCACACGUGUCCCCCGAUGGGCGCUUCGUCGUCAGCGCUGCCCCCACCAGCUCCCAGCUGCACGUGCAGGAGAUCACGCUGCAGGGCCGGAUCCGAACCCUCUACAGCUUGAAAAUCAGCCCGGGCGUCUCGGACGUGGCCUUCCAGCCCUCCUUCACCCAGGGCAACCAGUACUACGUGUACGCCGCGGCGGAGACGGAGCCGGCCCUGCUCUUCCUGGAGCUGUCCACGGGGAAGAUGGGCAUGCUAGAGAACCUAAAGGAGCCGCCUGCAGGGCCGGGCGGGCCGUGGGGAGGGCCCCGCAGGAUUGUGAGGGACAGCGGGCUCUUCGGACAGUACCUGCUCACGCCGGCCCAGGAGUCGCUGUUCCUCAUCAAUGGGAGACAAAACGCACUGCGUUGUGAGGUGGCGGGCAUCAGGCGGGGGACCACAGCCGUGUGGGUGGGUGAGGUAUGAAGGGGUCCUCCCCCCGCACCGAGCAGAGCCCCGGGCCACCGAGCUCCGCCUAGUCCUCACUCCGUAGCCCCAAGCAGGCGCCCUGUACAUUUUUACAGACAAAAGCAAAACCUGUACUCGCUUUGUGGUUCAACACUGGUCUCCUUGCAAGUUUCCUAGUCUAAGGUAUGCGCUGCUAACCAGAUUGGGGUUUUUCGUUGGGAAGUAUGAGUUAUGCCUUGAGCUCCGGUGAGAACCCAUGCUGCCGUGUCAAGGAAUCAUUUCUGUGCCCAGCUCCACACCAUGUUACCUGGGGACACCGUGGAACCAAGAGCUCCUGCUGUCCAGGCUUAACUUUCCGUUGGUUGCCUUCAUGUGCUCAUUGUCCCUCACCGCCGGGUCUGGCCAGGCUUCACCCCAAUGGAGUGGCCGGAAGCCAGGCCUGCAGACAGGCUCGCGGGGAGCAGGGCUUGCACUCCAGGCCUGAGAGCCACGGCCGCCCACUUCCUGGACCUCCUUUUCUCCUGCGCAGCUGCUAUGUGUUUUUCUUUCCAUGUGACUUGGUAUGAGCCUGAGGGAGAGCCGACAAGACUUCUUGCAUCUUGGGGAUGGGGAAAUCACUCAAUUUAUUUUGGAAAUUUUGAUUAAAAGAUAAUUUUUUAUAACCUCAAAUGCUCAUAAGCAGAAAGAUGCUCUCCGACGUCCAGCUCUAUUUCUCCCUGCCUUAGGCCAAGUCUCUGAGCGCCCCCACCCCACGUCCUACAGCCAGAAGGAACAAUGGUCAUCCAAGAAUAAUACCCUCCACACCACGGAAGUCCCACAUGCAGCUCUGGCUACCACCUUGGCCAAGACUUUGUUCUGGAUUGGGACACAAAAGACCAGGACAAACCCUGCGUGCCUGCCUUUUACCACUGAAGGGGGAGGUUUUCUUAGCCAGGCCCAGGACCCCAGAUUCAGGGUAGACUGGGCUUGCCAGGCAAAGUGGGGGGCGGUAACCUACCGAACAGUGACCUCCAGGCUCCACACAGUAACCCCAAAGACCCGUGUGGGGUCCAGGUGGGUUCUGUAGGCUAUCCGUUUUUAAAGUCCCUUUCUUUUUCUGUCUGUGGCCCACGCACUCCAGUCCCUGCUUCAACACAGCCCAGACAGCACGUUUCAGGACCUCCUUACACAUGGGCCCUUCUCGCCCCAGUAACCCACGCCACAAAACCCACAAUCCCAAGGAUUCAGGGGCUGGGGAGAAGGAUACAGGCUGUCAAUGCUGCAUGAUCCCCAAUGUCUCACACUCUGCCAGGCUAGCGGGGGGUAGGGGGGUGCACAAGGAAGUACAACAGCUGGCCCAGGGAAGGGCCCUGUGGGGGAGAAUGUCCCCAGUGAAGAAGCUUCCCUGGACCCCCAGAACCCCCCC